UCAUUUAAUUGUAUUAAUAGAAUAUGCAUUAAUAGAAAUGCAUUAAUAAAAGGUCUGAAGAAAUUCUUGGAAAGUAUGAGCACAGAAAAAAUCACAUAAAAGCAAGUGGUAUUGUCUGUGUUUUGAGAGAGGCAAUGAAUCUGAUUGUAAUAAGACACCUAGUUGUAAUAAUACAAGAGUUGGAAAGGAAAUGGAAAAAUAUGCAAAUAUAAUACAAUGUACAAAGAAGCACUGACUUUGAGAGUCUACUUUGUUUGAGGUACAAUUUAAAAGUUUUUAUCAAGCUACAAAUAUCUGUAACUGGUUUAGGAGUUGGUUGUCCUUUAGUCAUCCAAGGAAAGGAACAAUCAGUAGAUGAAGUCUGACUGAUGCAGACUGCAGAUAGAGCAUGUCUUCAGCACUGGUUAUAAUUAGCCUCUAGACUAAUUUACAACACAGUUCCUGCUUUCCUCUUCAGAUCUAGAUUAAAUUGCCUAGGAACUGCUGCAAUUCAAAAAGAAAAUACAGCUGCCAGAGCAGGAAGGUGUGGAGGAGCGGGGAGGCGGCUCCCAUCCCAGACCUGCGGGGUGUGACCCCCUGUGCCUGCACCGCGCUCCGCUGCCCGAGUGACAGGUCCCAGCUCUCGCCGGCUCUUCCAGCGGCAGCUCCUCCCUUCUGGCCAGAUGGACAGCACAGCUUGGACUUGGGCUCCGGCUCCGGGGGACCCGGCUCGGGGCAGAAAGCAGCCUUUUAUAGCCGGCACGCCGCCGCUGCGGCUCACACCUACACGCUCCGCCGCCGAGCACAGCGCUGCUGCCGGGACCCGCACCCCCGCCCGCCGCUGCCCAUGGCGCCGCUGCCCCCGCUCCUGCUGCUGCUGCUGGCGGCCGUUUAUAAAGGCACUUUUGGGGAAGCCCAUUUGAGAAAUCGGAGAGGAAUUCUGGAAUUAGCCGGAGCCAUCAGAUGCACCACAGGGCGCUCUCCUUUUGCCUACCUACGCUAUGGAUGCUACUGUGGCCUGGGAGGGAAAGGAUGGCCCAAAGACAGAGUAGACUGGUGCUGUUUUCACCAUGACUGCUGCUAUGGGAGAGCAGAACAAGCAGGUUGUCAGCCAAAGACUGAAAGUUACCACUGGGAAUGCAAAGACAAUUCUGCUGUGUGUGACUCACUGGAAGACAAAUGUCAAAAAAUGGCAUGUGAAUGUGACCGUGAAGCUGCCAAAUGCUUUUCUAAAGCUCCCUACCAUAGAAAAUACCUUUUGUGGCCAGACUUUCUGUGUGGUGAAAUUCAGCCUUUGUGUAGGUAUUAGAUACUGACUCUUGUAUAUAUUUAAAUCUAAAAUGACAUUUUUUUGGCCACAGUAGUAACAACAAAUGAUUUUCCCCUUUCUUUCCACUUCAGACUCUCUACCCCAAAAUGGCCAAAGUAAACAUUUUUCCUCUUAUUUACCUUCUCCCAUGCACUUUUACUGUCUAAAUAGAAAUCUCAGUUUAUCAGAUUAA